CACCUUUCUUUGCCCCGCAUUCCAUCUAGUUGACCAACUUACUUGAAAAACGAUUCUCAACAACAUGGGAAAUAAGCGCAAGGCAGGGAAAGGACAAGUUGGUCCUGGUAAUGGGAAAAAAGCCAAGGCAGACAACCACAAAAUUGGGAAGUACCUGCCUGGUGGAUUUCCCAUUGACCCUAAGAUGAAAGGUGUUAUGGUUACCUGCGCUCGAGGCAAGGAGAGUCAGGCAGGCAAAGAGGCCUGCGAUCUACUGUCAGAGUAUGCUGAAAAGCUCUAUGGAUCAGGAUCAAAUGAAGAAGUUGACGAGGAUGAAAACGAAUCUAUCGAGGACGCUAUCGCUCGUGAGGUAGCACAAGCAAAAAAAACAAAGGGUGGUAGGCAGUUUUUGCCAUUAUCUACCGGCACGGACUGUGUGAUUUUCAUUCGCGCCAUGGAAAUCGAACCAUCGUCGUUAUGCCACUAUGUACUUUCAGAGCUUCAAAAAUCCGGGACCAAGCGCACGAGGUACUGCCAACGUUUCAUUCCAGUAGAGGAAACAAGCUAUGCGAAUAUGGAUGACAUCAAGGUUAUGAUGGAACGUGUCCUCAAGCCUUACUUUCAUGCAGAGGAUCAGCAACCGACAACCUUCAAAGUACUGCCCAAAGUUCGACAUAAUGACAAGGUUGAUCGUGAAGUUCUUGUCAAGACACUGGCAAGUGCUGCUGGCCGCAAUCAAAAGCACGCUGUGAGCUUGAAUGACCCAACGUUUGUCAUUCUUGCUGAGGUUAUCAAGAGUAUUUGCUUCUUAAGCGUUGUGAAGGACUAUGAUCGUCUGAAGAAAUACAAUAUUCAGACUAUUUUCAUGGAUUCUCAAGGGGUGAAGCUCGAUGCCAAACCAGACAUGAACGAGAGCAAGAGCAUUAAAAAAGCUGAAGCUAAUGUCAACGCCGACAAUGAGAUAGAGAUAGAACCAGCUAAAGAUGUAGAAAAGAAAGAUGAAGUCGCAAAUGCUGUGGAUCAGAACAACUAGGGUCCAACUUUGAGCCUAUCAGUCAUCUCUUUGAAAUAAAAAUAAUCCACGUUUUCCUC